AUGGCGAACCCACGGCAGCGACGCAAGUCGCGCUCUAGCAAGUAUUCUGGACUCGUUCCGAACUUGGGGCAGCAAACAGGCGGUCUCGACCGUAAUGAUCCUUAUCGACAAGUGGUCGAAUCUGGGCCCACUUCUGCAGCUGAAAGCAAGCCGAAAAAGGGUAUGGCUCGGGUCAUCCGUGACGAGGAUGGCAAAGUUGUGGAUAUUGUGGAAUAUGAGAGCGAAGACGACGAAUUGAUGACGCCAUGGGGAAAAGAACUAAACCAUGAAAUUCUUGAAAAAAUUGCCGGCGAGAGCAAGCCGGUUCAGAGAUUCUCUUCUGUGGCUGAGCAUGAAUGGCUCGUUCAGCUCAUCCAGGCUCACGGAUCUGACCAUAAAGCGAUGGCUCUUGACCGGAAACGAAAUAUCUGGCAGAAAACGGCAGGGGAAAUCAGACGGGCG